AUGACCACGGAGAAGAAGAUUGACGCAGAUGCAUCUGAGCUUCUUGCUAGUCUUUCAGUGACGUCGCCGAAAACGAAUGACCAAAAAGCCGAUCCAUCUAAUUUACUCUCGGGGCUCUCUUUGAAAGAAGAGGAUAAGGCCAAGGCUGGUGGAGGAGACAAGAAGCCCUCGAUUGAGCAACCCAAGACUAAUGAAACUGGCGAUUUGAAGAAGGAGGGAGAUAAAUUCGAGGCGGACAAAGAAUCCGCGUCGAAAGAUGGAGAUGAUGGCGAUGAUGGGAAAAACAAAGUUGAUAAACCAAAAGUGGUGGAUCAGGAGGAUGAGCCGGAAUCAAACCUUAUCGACAACAGAUACGAAGUCGAGGUCAAAUUAGCCGACAUCCAGGCCGACCCAAACUCGCCUUUAUAUUCCGUCAAAUCGUUUGAAGAAUUGGGCUUGAAGCCCGAGCUAUUGAAAGGUCUCUACGCCAUGAAAUUCAACAAGCCAUCCAAGAUUCAAGAAAAAGCUUUACCGUUGCUCAUCUCGAACCCGGCUCGAAAUAUGAUUGGUCAGUCGCAAUCGGGCACCGGUAAGACGGCUGCGUUUUCAUUAACGAUGCUAUCUCGCGUCGAUGAAAACAUAAAGGCUCCCCAAUGUAUAUGUUUGGCGCCCACGCGGGAAUUAGCGAGACAAACGAUGGAAGUUGUGGAAACCAUGGGCAAGUUUUCCAAGAUUACGUUUCAGUCAGUGGUUCCCGACUCAGUAGCGAGACAUGCGGCUGUCACGGCGCAGGUUCUCGUUGGUACCCCGGGUAGUGUCAUGGAUUUGAUUAGACGCGGAGCCAUCAGCACUGCCAAAGUCAAGGUCUUUGUCUUGGAUGAAGCUGAUAAUAUGUUGGAAGCACAGGGGUUGGGUGACACGUGUCUUAGGGUCAAGCAGAAACUACCAAGAGAUUGUCAAUUGGUGUUGUUUAGUGCCACGUUCCCCGUAGAUGUGAGAAAGUACGCCGAGAGAUUUGUGCCUAAUGCCAAUUCGUUGGCUCUUAAACAAGAAGAGUUGAACGUGGCUGGGAUUAAACAAUUAUACAUGGACUGCAAUUCCCAGCAGCACAAGUUUGAAGUGUUGUGCGAAUUGUACGGGCUCUUGACUAUUGGCUCAUCGAUUAUCUUUGUUGAGCAGAAACAGACUGCGGAUAAUUUGUACAUUAGAAUGAAAGAAGAAGGCCACACCGUCUCGAUUCUACAUGGUGGAUUAGACACUCAGAACAGAGAUCGCUUAAUCGAUGAUUUUAGAGAAGGCAGAUCAAAAGUGUUGAUCACUACCAACGUGUUGGCUCGAGGUAUCGAUAUCGCCUCGGUUUCCAUGGUGGUCAAUUACGAUUUGCCAACUACGAAAGAAGGACGUCCUGACCCGUCGACGUAUUUGCAUAGAAUUGGAAGAACUGGAAGAUUCGGCAGAGUUGGAGUCUCGGUGUCGCUAGUUGCUAGCACCAAGGACCUUCAAAUCUUAAACUAUAUCAAGGACUAUUUUGGCGGUAUCGAGAUGACUCGUGUGCCCACGGAUGAUUGGGAUGAAGUUGAAAAAAUCGUGAAACUGGUGAUUAAAAAGAAAUAG